AAACGGCUCCUCCCAAUGCCCAGGGUCACCCUUGGCACACGAGUAGAGGAAGUCAUGGUGAGAGGUGUCCUUCUCGCUGUCACAGCCGCGGUGCUGGUUGCCGCCGCCAGUGCCCAGGAUCUCGAUUCGAAAUGUGGAGAGUGUGACAGGUCGGCGUGCCCUGAAGUGGGGUCGUGCCCGGGGGGCGCCGUGCCCGACGAGUGCGGCUGCUGCGUCAUCUGCGCCCGCGGCCUCGGCCAGCGCUGCGACAACGAGACGGGGGAGGCGUCGAGCGGCCGCUACGGCGCCUGCGGGGACCACCUCGUCUGCCGCGCCCGCACCGACGUCGGGGACACUGACGAGGCUGUCUGUGAGUGCGACAGCGAGGGGGAAGUCUGUGGCUCUGAUGACGUCACCUACGAGACCCUGUGCCACCUGCUGGAGAAAACGGCAGAUAAUCCCGAGCUCUUUGUGGUGGUCCGCGGCCCGUGCAAGGCAGCGCCCGUGAUCGUGUCCCCGCCCGAAGACGCCGAGCGACCCGAGGGCAGCAUCCUGGUCCUUGACUGCGAGGUCAGAGGUUACCCUGUGCCCGACGUCACGUGGGAACUCAACCUCAAGGAUGGGUCGUCCUUCAAGCUGCCAGGUGACAUGUCCUCCUUAGCCGUGCAAGUCCGCGGUGGCCCCGAGCAGUUCAUGGCCACGGGAUGGGUCCAGAUCAUGCGCAUCAACGAGGAGACCGUGGGGACCUACUCCUGCGUGGCCACCAACUCCGAAGGCGAGGCAAGGGCUGCGGCCAAGGUGCAGAUCCGUCGGGCAGCGAACGAGAAAGAAGAAUCACUGAACAUGGUAUAAGACCGGCACCCCCCUACCCCCUACUACCCCCCAUGGAGCUCUUUCAAGGGAGUCUCCGAAGUAAAACCACUGCCAA